GACGGCAUCAGAGGGUGUAGUUGGCAAAGUGAAGCCGGAGGGAAGGACGACCUACGCUUGGAGUACCCCAGAACUGAUUUGCCAACAAAGGGGUAUUUUUCCUUCUUACCACUUAGGAGUAGGGCAAACGUGAUUGCAUGUCCGUGAGAUUAUAAUGUACCAAGGAAAUUAAAACUAACUCAAGAAGAAUGGAAGAAGGUCAACUGGAAGCCUCAAAUCUUCCUCCAGAAGCUUGGCCUUCUGAAGUGACGGUGUCAGUGACAGGAGAACCACCUAAUACUGCUGUAGAAGAAAAGGAGGAAACAGCCAAAGAAGCAGUCAUAGAAAUCAGCCCAGAAAUCACGAAGCCACUCCCCAUUCUAGACGUGCUGAGGAUCUCUGCAGUUCUGGAGGACACCAUAGACCAGCUCUCCAUUCUAAACUAUAUCAUGCCAGUUCAGUAUGAAAAAAGACAAAACAUCAGCAUGAAGAAUAACAGAGAAAUGCAUUCAGAAGGAAGAAGCUCAGGAAAAGUUCCACUGGUAUCAGAACCCUCAAAAAUAUCCAGUUCGUUGGUACAUAAAGAAGAACCCAAGUUGCCGGAAAUCAGACAAGGAGGCCAGUUUAACAAAGUGCAAGAUCUUAUCUUCAAAAAGCCCGCAAGGCAGACCAUAAUGAAUACAGAGACACUGAAGAAAAUUCAGAUUGAUAGGCAAUUUUUCAGUGAUGUAAUUACAGAAACUAUGGAGGAGUUGCAAGAAGAAGGCACUUUCACCAAUCUCCUGAAAGCUUUGGGCAAAGAGAGGGAAAGCAAAAUGCAUUUCUAUGAUAUCAUUGCCAAGGAGGAAAAUGGAAGAAAGAAGAUAAAAUCUCUUCAAAAACAGCUGCUUAAUGUCAAAAAAGAAAGGCAAGCUGAAGUACAGAGUCGGAAUGAAUAUAUUGCUCACCUCAAGGACCAGUUGCAAGAGAUGAAGGCAAAAACCAACAUGGAGAAUCGCUAUAUGAAGAGAAACACAGAACUGCAGAUUUCCCAGACCCAGAAAAAAUGUAGCAAAACAGAAGAGCUCUUGCUGGAAGAGAUUGAGAAACUACGGCUGAAAACUGAAGAAGAGAACCGAAUUCAUGCAGAGAUUGAAGUGUUCCUUAGAAAGGAGCAGCAGAAGCUUGAGGAGAAGCUAGAGUUCUGGAUGGAGAAAUUUGAUAAGGACACAGAAAUGAAACAGAAUGAACUAAAUGCCCUAAAAUCUGCUAAGGCCAGUGACUUAGCACACCUUCAAGAACUUGCAAAGACGAUAAGGGAAUAUGAACAAGUCAUCAUUGAAGAUCGUAUAGAAAAGGAGAAGACCCGGAAGAAGAGAGAACAGGAUGACUUGGAACUGAGGAGCAUCAUAAAGCUCCAGGCCUGGUGGCGAGGCACUGUGGUGCGGAGAGAAAUUGGUGGUUUCAAAAUGCCUAAGGACAAAGAUGACAGCAAGGAUGGAAAAGGCAAAGGCAAAGAGAAGAACAAGAGGAGAGGCAAGAAGUGAUCAAGUUAUCUUUUCUGUUGGUGCUCUGGAGAUGGGAAGGAGGACCUGAAGGGAGUUAAGAAAUAUCUUUUACCAUCAUGGAUUAACUCAUCUAUGGGUUGUUUCUUAUUUGGAUACUCCUAGGUGAGGCUUGGUUAUACUAGGUCACUUUGCCUGCUAUACUAGUUUUCAAACCCUGAAUUAGGAUUAUACUGUGAUUUAGGGCUUCUU